CGUCUCUUUGACGAGUGCUCCCAAGUCGUGGGAUUUCGGUCCGCUCUGCCUGGACUUGCGCGUCUCUUUGGCGAACUAGGCAGCAUACGUAGUAGUGUCCAUUCGAAGAGGCUGGGACAACGACUUUCAAUACGAACCGGUAGCACAACAUCAAUCCCCGGCAUUCGAGGUGAGGCGAUGUCUGGCGCCCCAAUGAAACGGUCCCAGUCGACAAUGGGCACUUGGCGAGGUGGCAAAAAAAAUAAGCAGGAAAAAAGAAGUGUUGACGCUGCUGGCGUCAACAAUCUCUCACCGUUUGCCGCCGAGUACACGGCAGCAGCCGCUGCAUCAGGCUUGGAUGUACCCGUCAAGCGGCCAACAACCAGAGGCGAGGCUUUAGCGAUGGGCAUGUCUUGUCUUCGUGUGGCCAUAGAUUUGAACGAGCAUGCCCUACGAUUGGUGCAGAGCAGCCGUCAUCUCAAGGAUCAGAGUGACCUUCUUGCAAUCUUACAAGUCAUCCAAACAAAUGCGUUAAUGACCUUCUAUUAA